UAUAGAUUUGUGUAUUUAGUGUCUAGAUAUCAUUACAUGACUGUCGAUUUUAUGACAAGAAAACGUUUUGUGGAAUUAUCUAUCUACACAUCCAACAUCUGAACGUAUCACCCAUGCCAACGUGCAUAUAAAGAGUGAUACGAACGGCAGUGAAGAGACAGUCUACUGAAAUGGGUUACGGUACCAAUGUGGCUUCUGGUGUUACUGUCAUUUGUGCAGCUUUUCUUAUUCCAAUGCUAACAUGUACUAUUUCUUUAUUUUAUGAAGUUGCACAAAUGCACAUGAGUGCAAUGGAUGGAAUGGAUGAAUUCAAGUUGUAUGCAAACGGUGCAUGGGAAGAUAUGCUCCCAGCAACUCGCCUUCCUCGUGAAGCUUCUCCAACUCCGGAUUCAAAUAAAGACCCAUGUGAUUGUGAUACGGGACCAGCAAUCAAUUGUCCAGUAGGCCCACAUGGCCCACGUGGUAGGCCUGGAAGAAAAGGAGCCGAUGGACCACACGGAGGUCAAGGACGAAAGGGUCCGGAUGGAAUGGAUGUAUUCAAAGAAAUGAUUGGUCCUGUUGAAUGUAUUCCAUGUGUUGCUGGAGAACCUGGACCACCAGGAGAAAAUGGUUCUGUUGGAGAAAAAGGAGAAGAUGGACAACCUGGAAGUCCUGGAAAACCAGGUGAAGAUGGAGAAUCUGGAACUGAUGGGGAACCAGGAUUCAUCGGAUUCCCUGGAUUCCCAGGUGCACCUGGUGAGAAUGGAGAACAAGGAAACAAUGCAACUCGUGGAGUUGGAAUUCCUGGACCAGCAGGACCACCGGGUCCUCCAGGAGAAGUCGGAAUGCCUGGAGUAACAGGUGAAACUGGAGAAGACGGACAUGAUGGACCUGAAGGACCAGAAGGACCAGCUGGAAAUAUAGGAGAUAUAGCUGAAGAAGGACCAGAUGGUAUUCCAGGCGAGCAAGGAGUUCCUGGGUUCGAUUCCGGCUAUUGUCCAUGUCCUCGUCGAUCAUCUUCAAGAGUUUCACCUUCCGGUGGAUCUUCUCCAAUCUCAGAUACAUUCAUUGCAUCUCCAACACUUCUUCCACCAUCAACUACACUUUCAUCAACCCCUCCAACUAUAUCUCCAUCUGCUCCAACUCUUCUACCAACUAGAUCUCCAAAAUCUCGUGAAGAAACUCCGACAAGAAGAGAAGAACAACAAGUACCACCGAAUCCUUCAUCUUCUGAAGUCCCAGAAACUGGAGAUUCUGCAAACUCUCAAAACUUUGGUGGAUAUCUCGCUUUGAAGAGAUUGUGACAAUCAAUUACUAACAUAUUUUCUUAAAUUUAUCCCACUUUAAACAGAAAACUGAAUGAUAAACCUUUUUUCAUAGA